GCGGCGCAGGCGCAGAGGCGCGGUCGGGAGGCGGAGGGCGACCCCAGUGGCUUGGGAUCCGGGCUCCACCGGCCGCGUCCGCGGCCACCGGGCAGCGCCGGGAAGGCAGGACCGGCGGGCGGCCGUCAGCAUGGGCUCGAGCUGGAGCAGCGAGGAGGAGCGGCAGCCACUGCUGGGACCGGGGCUCGGGCCUGGGCCGGGCGCGGCGCGGCGCCGGGAGGCGGCGGCGGUGCUGCCCGCGGUGGGCGCGGGUCCGGGCCCCGGGCGGGUAUACGGUCGCCGCUGGCUGGUGCUGCUGCUCUUCUCGCUGCUCGCGUUCGCGCAGGGCCUCGUGUGGAACACCUGGGGCCCCAUCCAGAACUCGGCGCGCCAGGCCUACGGCUUCUCCAGCUGGGACAUCGCGCUGCUGGUGCUGUGGGGGCCCAUCGGCUUCCUUCCCUGCUUCGCGUUCAUGUGGCUGCUGGACAAGAGAGGUCUUCGGGUAACUGUGCUUCUGACAUCCUUCCUUAUGGUUUUGGGAACUGGUCUAAGAUGCAUACCUGUAUCAGACUUAAUGCUUAAAAGAAGAUUAAUCCAUGGAGGACAGCUGUUGAAUGGAUUAGCAGGUCCAACUGUAAUGAAUGCAGCACCAUUCCUCUCCACAACGUGGUUUUCUGCAGAUGAACGAGCCACUGCCACUGCGAUUGCAUCUAUGCUUAGUUAUCUUGGAGGAGCAUGUGCAUUUUUAGUCGGACCACUUUUUGUUCCAGCACCCAAUGGAACAUCACCUCUUCUUGCUGCAGAAAGUAGCACUCAUAUUAAAGAUCGCAUCGAGACUGUGGUUUUUGCUGAAUUUGGAGCUGUCUGCUUAAUAUUCUCUGCAACACUGGCUUAUUUCCCACCCCGGCCUCCGCUUCCUCCCAGCGUUGCUGCAGCCAGCCAGCGGCUGGGCUACCCGCGCAGCUUUUGCAGAUUGUUGAGCAACUUGAGGUUUUUGAUGAUUGCUCUAGCAUAUGCUAUACCACUUGGUGUAUUUGCUGGCUGGUCUGGAGUUCUAGACUUAAUUUUAACACCAGUGCAUGUCAGCCAAGUAGAUGCUGGCUGGAUUGGAUUUUGGUCCAUAGUUGGAGGCUGUGUUGUUGGAAUAGCUAUGGCAAGGUUUGCAGAUUUUAUCCGGGGUAUGCUGAAACUAAUUCUUCUCCUCCUGUUUUCUGGGGCUACCCUGUCAUCCACAUGGUUCACCCUGACCUGUUUGAACAGUGUUACACACCUGCCUUUGACAACAGUGACGUUGUAUGCCUCCUGCAUUCUCCUGGGAGUGUUCUUGAAUAGCAGUGUACCUAUAUUUUUUGAGCUUUUUGUGGAAACUGUCUACCCAGUUCCAGAAGGGAUUACUUGUGGAGUUGUCACUUUUUUAAGUAAUAUGUUCAUGGGAGUGCUUUUAUUUUUUCUCACAUUUUAUCAUACAGAGUUGUCUUGGUUCAACUGGUGCCUUCCCGGGUCGUGUUUGCUCAGUCUCCUCCUCAUUCUGUGCUUCAGGGAAUCCUAUGACAGACUCUAUCUUGAUGUGGUUGUCUCAGUUUAGUAGCACAGACUUGAAGGAGUUUAAAAAGAGACUGGAAAUCAAUACUGCACACUGCACAUUUGCUCGGAAUUGCACAUCUAACAGGAAAAAAAGAAGAAAGAAACUUCAUUCAGAGGUUUUGUUAGGUUACAGAUUAAUUUAAUUACUAGUAGGUAAUAAUAAUGUGUGACUUGAGUGGUUAUAGGGAAUUUUAAAACUCUACAAGUGGCAUAUGUGUGAUUGACUGUGGGCAGAAGUGUGAUGUCUUACACAUAGAGCUCUUUCUCAGUCCCAUCUCUCUUCUGUGCCAGUGCUAACCUACUGCUUAACUGUCAUUCUGGGAAGAAAUAAAGGGCAACUGUCACAUGAAGAUAACUCCUCCCAAAGUCAUAUGACAAAAUAGGAAGAAAUGCCACUAACUUCUAAAGAAGUUUGAACCCUGUAUCAAAUUAAUUACAAAACAGCCAAGUGGUGUAUCAGUGAUAGAAAAUAGCCACAUGUACACUACAUGUUUUUCUAAUAAAGCCAUUUCUUAUAUGACUCCUUAUUUUUAAUCAGGCCAGUGCCUUUGGCCAUUCUUGUCAUGAUGUUCAAGUGCUUUCAAGGACUCCAGUGCACAGGCAUGGCCUCUAUCCCAACUCACCCUUAUUUCUGUGAAUACACUUUCAUCUGCUAGACCCGUAAUCAUUGCAGCAGGAGUGAUUAAAUAUUUGAUAGAGUCACAUUACUAUUGUAUGAAAAGUGUAAUUCUAUUAUAAUUUAGCACUUUGUUAGAAGUGAAAUGACUAGCCACACAGAGCAUGUGUGUCUUCAACCUGUAUAUGGUGGCCAACUGUUAUUUACCAGGGUUAGAUUUUAUUAAUGACCCUUGUUUGAAAAGAACAGUUUAUAACAUCAAAACUCUUAAACCUGCUGAGUGAUUUCGGAAUUGCACUCUUAUAGGUUGUUAAAUAUUCAAUUCUGUAUGAAGUCAGUGUAUUUAAGAGGACAGCAUUUUGCCAGUACCUGUUUUCUUUCUAUAAAUGAUAGAUUUUUAAAAAUAGUAAGUUUCUCAUGGUACAGCUCUAGAACAUUUAUUUCACCAGGACAUAAAACGUCCUGUGGUGGGAGUGUGAUAUCACAACUACCCACAUUUCCAUAAUUCCCUAACACAAAGGAGUGGACCUUUCCCCAGAGAGUCAAGAGUAAUACUUCGCCCUUAAUAUUUUCCACUCCUCCAACCGCCUCUCUUUUUUGUUCACUUGAAAUUGUAAUGUAUUUAUCAGAUAAUUGUCUAUUUUCUUUGUCUUUUUCUGGACAGGGUGUAAGCCCAGGUGGGAAAGCAUGGUUAGGAAAAGUUGGGCAGCACCUAUUUCUGUUCAUCUCUGUACAUGUGCACAAACCAUCUCUCACCUGCAUGCACACCCCCCCAGCACCUAUGCCUUCUCUCUUAGAACAAGUUCAAGGGUAUGUAUUAACUUACGUCAGUCCUGGAGGAGAAUUCUAGGACUGCCUAGCAUCUUCUAAGGUAAGAAAGUAAGAAAUUGUAAACCUAGGAAAAAAAGAAAGCCCUCAAAUUUAACAUCUGUCUUUAGUCAUUUUUUAAUAAUUCAAACUACGCUGCUCACUUAGCAGCAAGAAUAGGAGGAAGUAAGAAACUUACUAAAGAGAAAUCCUAUAAAGCCAAACUUAAUUCCAAUUAACUCUCCCAUCCUUAAAUAAAUAUGAAAUAAAAAGAACACAGUGUUCCUGAAGAUGAUUGAAAAUUAGCCACUGAGGUUAUCAUAGGCUAUGACCCACAUACUAAAUAACCACCACCCCCUCCUUACUAGAGAGGGGAUAGAAAAGAGGGGAAAAGUAUGAAAUAUUUGGUUUUAGUCACAACUGUUGUGUUUGAGAGUUUUGCUGUAUAAAACCCUGCUGUAAUAAGACUUCUGAUAUAUAGCAUUUUAAUUAACAGUUAAUUCCAUUUUAACAAAAAGUACAGAAUAAUACUUUAAAAAAUAUUACCUACAUACCCAACUAGUUCAAAGACAUCCCAAGUGGGUAGUGAUGUACAAUUCUUGCAUUGUACCAGGCACCAAAUAAGUUUCUUAGCAUAUGUGAGAUGAGACCAGUCCACCCAUCUCGUCUGUGUCAGCUUACCCCACCAUAGAUAAUUGUUCUAAUCACAAAUUGCAACCGUUCUUAAUGAUGAAACUUUCAUCUGCCAGACCCCAUAUGAAAGAAACCAAGACUUUGAGGGUAGGCGAAGAAAUAUACAUUAUGUGUCUGAUUAUUGCAAAUCAUAUUUUUUUAUUUCUAGCAUACAUCAAAACAGAGUGGCUAUUGUCUUUGUAGUUUCUAAACAAACAUUACAGAACCCAAAUAAUAUAAUUGGGAGAAAUCUUAACUCUCCAGUAAUCCAAACUGUAAAAUUAAUUUUAAAAAAAUCCUAGGAGGUAAAGUACCUUGUCAUAGUUGUUCAUCAGUAUCUGUUGGGGAUUGGCUCCAGGACCCCACUGCAGAUACCAAAAUCCUUGGAUGCUCAGGUCUUCUGUAUGAAAUUAACUAGCAUUUGCAUUAGCUAAUGUAAUCCUCCAAUGUACUUGAAAUCUUCUCUAGAUUGCUUGUAAUACCUAGUAUGAUGUCAACACUAUGUAAAUAAAUAGUUGUAACGUAUUGCUUAAGGAAUUAGAAAAAAGCCCAUUCAUGUUCAGUACAGAUGCAGUUUUUUUUCCAAGUAGGUUUGAUCUUCAGUGGAAGGCCAACUGCAGUGACAAAAGUAGAACUCAAACCCACAUAUCCUGACUCCCAAACUAGUUUUUCCCCUCUCUCAGUGAAUUCUCAGCUUAAUUUAAACCACUUGGGGGUGUUCAUUAAUAUUCUUCCAUGGCCAAAGUGAAGAGGCUUAUGAGUAAACUGUCAUUAUUGAAUAUGGGAGGUAUAGGGACUGAGGUGAUUGCCUGGUUCAUGGUGAAGUUACAAGUAAAAUUUAUAAGUAAAUCAGAAUCCUAUAGGUGCUGUAACAUCUCUUCAGUCUUAGCUUACAGUGAUUUUAUGUAAAGAUUCUGAUGAAUAAUUCAGUCUUCAUAAUCCCAACCAAUAGCAUUAUUAAUUGGUAAGAACAUAUUAGAGUAUAUGUUCCCUGUGGCUUAUCAGUUAAUACUUCACAGUGUAUAGGAAGAAGCAUUUUUAAUAUGAUUUAUGGUGGAGGGAUAAGAACAAGGCAGUUAUACAAAUGCAUUUCACUGGAAGACAGAGCUAACAAAACAGAGGGAAUCAUGUGCACGUGUCAUUGUAUAUAUUUAAACAUAUAUGGCCUAAGGGCCAGGUUUUAUCAUGGAUCAUAUAUUCAUGUUUAAUUAUUGAGAGUGUUUACAGCUUGUUUUUAUGAAGCCUUUCUAAUGAAAGAUCCAAGCUAAGGGAUUUUAAGUUGAAGAAAUUAAAUCCCCAUCUACUUGUCUUUUAAUUAGUUUUUUUAACUCUUAUUUUUACUAAAAUCCAAGUAUUCAUUUUGCUUCAUUUUUAACUGAAGACCAAAUGAAAAUGCAUAGCAAAUUUGCUUUCAAUUAAUGUUAAAAGUCACAUAAAUCUCACAUUUGUCCUUGCAAUAGUAAGUAUAAGAAUUAUUUUGCUCUUACCAUAUUAUCAAAUAACUGUAGAAGCUGUGAUGCAGGGCUAGGGAUGUAGCUCCAUGGUAGAGCACUUGCCCCAUGGUAGUGAACAAGGCCCUAGAUUCAAUCCCCAUACUGAAAAAAUUAAAAAAAUAAAAAACCUAUAAUAUGAAGAAAAUGUCACAUUUAAAAAGAAAUAAAGGAAACUUGAGAACAUUUGAACAGACCCAUUUUAUAAAUAAAUAUAAGGAAAAAUACAAUUCUUUAAUUUGGAAUUAUAAUCAUACAGAAAGGGACAACAUAAAAUUUAUUUCUGUACCAUCAAACAGAAUGGUCUGUUCAAAAAGAUAACCAAUACUUAGAGGAAUGUGAUUAUCCUGAAAGAACUGUGGGGUUUGGGGUGCUAUUUUAAGAGCAUGCACUGGGAUACCCUGUGAUUAGUGGAGCUGAGCUGCUGACAUCUUGGCCACGCUGGGCACUCAUCCCUUCUCACUCAGAUGGAACCUCAGACUCUGGAGAUGGCUCUAAGAAUGAAUACCAAGACCCUCAAGGACCCCUCGCAGGUGUCACCUCUGGUCAGCAUAUGGGAGUUAGAGAGGCUGCGAACAGGAGGACAGUCAUGUAGCCCUAAAACUCUCCAUUUAAACUCAUUCUUGGUCAGGACUGAAACAAUGCCCACCUCAUAUUUCACUAUACAGUUUUCUCAGGCUCCUCAUUAUCUGAGGUACCCCAGCUUUCUGAGACCUUUCACAACUCUGAACUCGGAUCCAUACUUGAAAGUCUUUACUUCCUUGAACUGAUUUCCUGGCACAGGCUUCUUUACCCACCACUCCUCCCCAGACUCCUAAGAAAAGGUACAGUCUCAUCCCUGAGGAGUGAACAGGCCACACAACUGGUCUCCCUCUCCUGAGCAGGACCUGGGUGUGAGCAGAUCCCAGGUAGACCUAAGAUGAAGCAGUUCUCUCAUCUAUCUAUAUCUUAAAAACUGGAAUAUUUCCGUGACAGGAAUUUCAAAGGUCUCUAUCAUCAUUACUUGUUGCACUUUAA